CCUGUUCGGGAGUGCAGGACCCACCGUGAAUGCAUUGGUGUCUCCUCUCACCCUUCCAUAGAGCCUGGGUCCGAGCGUGGCGGAUAGAAUGAAAGUGGGCGCCCAGCAGUACUCCACUGAUCGUAGCUCCUGUCUGGCUCGUCGCAGAAAAUAGGAUACACCCGAACUGUGUCCCCGGGGGGCCGCACAGAGUCACCUCUGAGGGUCAAUGCCUCGGCCUCUUGCUUAAGUCAGAGCACAAGAUUCUAAGCCUGGUUAGCCUGCACGUCCUCCAGCUCAUCAUUACUCUCUAGGCCGACACUCGGCAGGUUUGGGAAACCUCAGUUAAAAGCCGCAAGUUUCAGCCACUCUGCACAGAGAAGCUGAGAUUCGGCGGAGCCGGGGAAACAAGUAGCGCACACCUACCGCGAAGCUGGCCGGCGGGAAGAGUUUGAUUUCCACCGCCGGGAGGUGGCUAGCUCCCUACAGAGCUGCCUAUCCCCAGAACCAGCCAAUCCUAAAGCCCGAGGGCGUGUGAUCACCAAUUAAAAGUCAGAGGAGGCGGCGCCUAAGCCUUGAUUGGCACCUGGUCUCCUGUGGACGCGCCGAGGCCGGGCAGCGCCGAUUCCGAGGUGGCUUCAAGUUGGGUGGUCUAGCGGUGGCGGCCAUCUUUAUUUCUGGCAGAUCAGCUGACUGGCACUAGCUGGCCCAACACGUCGGCGCCAUCCCGUCUCUCCAGGGAGCCCCUGAGCUCCUCCCCUCGCGUGCCCCAGUCUUCGCAGGAGGGGCGGGGCGGGAGCGAGAAGCCAGAUUGAAAGCGGUGAGGCUGUUUGGCGGGAAGUUGGCGUAGUUCCCCGGUCCCCGCCUUGUUUCUCCCCAGAGGCUUCACAAUCUUCCCUCCACGGUCUCGGCAUAGGGCAUAGUACCCUUUCGCACGGAGGACGCGAUGGCUCCCAGGAAACGCCCAGAAACCCAGAAGACCCCCGAGGUGGCUGUGCGCCCCAAGAGCAAGAGGAGCAGAAGCCCCCGGGAGCUGGAGCCCGAGGCCAAGAAGCUCUGUGUGAAGGGCCCCGGUUCUAGCAGAAGAUUUGACUCAGGCUGCCUUUGGGCGGGGUUGGCUAGCCUGCAGGUCCCGCCAUCAUGCAGCAGCAUCGUCAGGGCGCUCCACCACCAUAAGCUGGGCAAAGCUGCCUGGCCGUCACUGCAGCAGGGUCUCCAGCAGUCCUUUUUGCAUUCUCUGGCUUCUUACCGGAUAUUCCAAAAGGCUGCCCCUUUUGACAGGAGGGCCACAUCCUUGGCAUGGCAUCCAACUCACCCCAGCACCCUGGCUGUGGGUUCCAAAGGGGGAGAUAUCAUGCUCUGGAACUUUGGCAUGAAGGACAAACCUACCUUCAUUAAAGGGAUUGGAGCUGGAGGCAGCAUCACUGGGCUGAAGUUUAACCCUCUUGAUACCAACCAGUUUUUCACCUCCUCAAUGGAGGGAACAACUAGGCUGCAAGACUUUAAAGGCAACACUCUGCGAGUUUUUACCAGCUCAGGCACCUGCAACUUCUGGUUUUGCAGCCUGGAUGUGUCUGCCAGAAGCCGAAUGGUGGUCACAGGAGACAAUGUGGGGCACGUGAUCCUACUCAACAUGGAUGGCAGGGAGGUGCGUUCUCUGGAGCCCAGUUCCCCCCUUUCUGUCCCUUGCCCCUGGCCUCCCUGCGCCCCACCUGAACCGAGCCCUUCUCUGCAGCUCUGGAAUCUGAGAAUGCACAAAAAGAAAGUGACCCACGUGGCCCUGAACCCAUGCUGUGAUUGGUUCCUGGCCACAGCCUCCGUAGACCAAACAGUGAAAAUCUGGGACCUGCGCCAGGUUAGAGGGAAAUCCAGCUUCCUCCACUCGCUGCCGCAUAGCCAUCCUGUCAAUGCAGCCUGUUUCAGUCCUGAUGGAGCCCAGCUCUUGACCACUGACCAGAAGAGUGAGCUCCGGGUUUACUCAGCCUCCCAGUGGGACUAUCCCCCAAGCCUGAUCCCACACCCUCACCGCCACUUCCAGCACCUGACACCCAUCAAGGCAACCUGGCAUCCUCGGUACAACCUCAUUGUCGUGGGCCGAUACCCAGAUCCCAAUUUCAAAAGCUGUACCCCUCACGAAUUAAGGACGAUCGAUGUGUUUGACGGAAGCUCAGGGAAGAUGAUGUAUCAGCUCUAUGACCCAGAAUCUUCUGGUAUCAUUUCGCUCAAUGAGUUCAAUCCUAUGGGGGACACACUGGCCUCUGUGAUGGGUUAUCACAUUCUCAUUUGGAGCCAGGAGGAAGCCAGGAUGCGGCCAUGAGAGACACUAAUGAAGGUGUGGGCCAAGCAAGAGCUUGGAGCCGCCUGAGGACAAAUCCUGUAAGAAGAGGCGGCUGUGUAUUAAAAGGGCCAAAGGUAUCCAAGUCUUAGGGUUGGAGCAGGGACACUGUGGCAUGGGACACUAUGGGACUGGGACACUGGCACGUUACUGCUCUGGACUCAGCUCCAGAAACUUCUCCAGAGUUGGUGCCCCAGGUGCCCCAAGGGCCCCUGCUGUAUCUAGCCUGGAGCCAGGCUUCUCUUGGAGCGAAGGUACUCUUAUAUGUUUGAUGUGCAGUGAUGGAGUGAUAAGGUAAUGGUUUUCAGUUUGUGCUCACUAUUGACAUGGCUAAUAAAACCAUACCCAACUGA